UAUACUGCACUACAUUUAUCUGACAGCUGCCGUUACUGUUACUUCUAUUGAUUACUGACGGGGUCUACCAGGUCCUGGACCAGGGGGGGCCCUUGGUUCAGAGGGUUUGGACCUGGUCAGACUCUGACAGACUGUUUACCUGCAGCUGUCAGUCAAACACGUUCAGGUGAGUCUGGAGGUCAAAGAUCUUCAACACAGACGGAUGAUCCACACGUGACGAACGGCUGUUACUGAGAAUCAUCAGCUGACCCCAGAACAGUUUACUGAACUCUGUCCACAGAUCAGUUUAUGAUCCGCAGGAGCCUCCGGUUAGUGGAGACGAGUCCAAAUCUGGUCUUCAUCUGGUCAACAAGUCUCAAGUCCACCGAGUCAACGUGCAGGUCCAGUUUCAGGGCUGUAGUUGCUCCUCUCCCCCCCCCCCCCCCCCCCUCCCCAGGGCUGUAGCUGCUCCUCUUCCUCCCCCUCUUCAGGGCGGUAGCUGCUCCUCCUCCUCCCCCUCCCCAGGGCAGUAGCUGCUCCUCUUCCUCCUCCCCGCCCGGCCUCCUUCAAUUCAGGAUGGAGGACUCGGAGACGGAGCUGGCGGUGUCGGAGUCGGACACCCUGGGUGCAGACUUCAUCACGGUGGAGCUGGACACGCAGCCCAUCGAGUACGUGGUGAAGUGGGCGGAGGUCGGCUCCAAGUUCACCAUCUCCUGCGUGAAAAAGGACUCGGAUGACCCGUCGGACCUGACGGCCGAGCAGCUGAAGAUCGAGACGGAUGAGGCCUUCUUCGCUCCAUACGAGGAGGUGUACCCCUGCGAGGUGACGGAGCAGAGCGUGGAGAUAAAGACAGACUCUGAUGAAGACGAGGAGGACACCGAGGAGGAGCAGGAGGUGCUGGUGGAGGCGGGGAGCAGCCAGCUGGACGGUGACGUGGACUCGGACCAGGCCGACUACGAGCCGACCGAGCGGCAGUACCGUUGCAGCUACUGUGGGAAGUGUUACAGCCACGCCUCCAGCCUCUACCGCCACCAGCAGACGCACACCGGGAAGAGCGUAGGGGGGCUGCCGCCCACCAAACGGGCGCUGGAGCCGACGCAUCAGGAGGCACGCUAUACCUGCCCCCACUGUGGGAUGAGCUUCAAAGGCAGCAGGAUGCUGGGGAGUCACCUGAGGCUGCACGGGAAGCGGCGGAUCCACCCGUGUAACAUCUGUGGGAAGGAGUUCAACCACAGCUCCAGCCUGUCACGCCACCGCCUCAUCCACAAGAAAGGAAAAGGCGACUCCAAGGAUGCCGCCGUCGGCCCUAACGCGGGCGCCCUGCGCCGCUCGCUGAAGGCCGGCGGCAAGAACAAGAAGACCAAGAGGCAGCAGCAGAGGCAGAAGCAGCAGCAGCAGCAGCAACAGCAGCAGCAGCAGCAGGAGCAGCAGCACGUGGCGACCGCCAUCAUUCAGAGUCAUGGCGGCGAUAAGUUCUAUGCCUGUCCGCAGUGCGACAUGAGCUUCAGGACGUCCACGCAGCUGUCCAAACACCAGGUGACCCACGUCAAGGAGCUGCUGGACAACUACACGCCCGGCAAGGAGAACCUCGGCGAGACCUCGUCAGACCUCAAGAUCCGGCUCAAGCUCUGCUCCCGAGACAAGCCAAACUUCUACACUCUCUGCAAGAAGAACCGCCGCCGCCGGGCGGGGCGGGCCGCCAAACGGGUCUCUGCCCCCUCCGAGGAGGAGGAUGGGGGCGGAGCCGUUCGCCACAUCUGCACGCAGUGCGGGAAGCGGUUCAGCCACGCUUCAAGCCUGGCAAGGCACCAGCAGACCCACAGGGCGGGGGACGGCGGCGGCCGGGGGAAGUUGCAACAGCACCACCAGCAGAAGCAGCUCCACGUCAAGACUGAACUCCCUGCCGCCAAGACCAAGACCUACACUUGCGCCGCCUGCAACAAGACCUUCAUGCACUCGUCCAGCUUCUCCCGCCACAAGAAGGCCCACCUGGAGGAGGAGCAGCGGGCCCGGGUCACCACUGCCAAGCGCCGGAAGAGAGUCGUCUUAGACGAGACCGCUCCGCUGGAGUCUGACUCCGAGUGACGUCCCCCGGCUUUGGACUGGGGUCUGGACCUGUUCUGGGUUGGCUCUGAAUCAGCACUUACUGGUUCUGAACUGGUUUGGGGCCAGUUCUGGAAAAGUUCUAAUUUGGAAAAGUUCUGGACCAGUUCUCCUCCAGCUCUGGACCAGUUAGGGACAGAUUCUGGGCAGGUUUUGGGAACUGGACCCGGUUGAUUCUUCUCUGGUGUAGAUAGCAGCAGGACAUCCAUAUAUGGUCGUAUGGCGGGGGGAUCUCCACAUAUGGUCAUAUCCAUAUUUGGUCAUAACUGGCCGUUAGCUCUUAAGGAUGGGAUUAGAUUUAAAGUGUUACCCUAGCCCCGCCCCUCCUCCACCUGUCCGUCAGGUUGCACACAGACGCUGUUCGCUGUCAUUCUGCCCACUUUGCACUCCAUUUCCCAUCAGCCCCGGGACCUGUCAGUGUGAUCGCUGCCUGUCAGGAUCAUAGAAAUAGAGUGAGAGUAGAACGGACGGUCCGUUCCACUCUCACUCUAUUCCUACGGUCGGAACUCAGAACGCAGAGCAUUAUGGGAAACUGAGUCUCCACAGAUAAGAUUCAUAACAACAAUAACAGCUGUGGAUCCAGUUUAUUUACGACUGUACGGAAGUUUAUUAACGACAAAAAAACAAACCCCGCCCCUCUGCUCCUCCAAUCAGAUCACAGCGUCUCUCUGUCGUCAUUAUAAUUAAAUUCAUUCAUUAUUAUUUAUAUUAAUAUUUAUUAUAAUUAUUAAAAAAGUGUCAGCUGAUAAAAGCUGGAGUUAUUUUUGUCGUUACUAAACCUCCAUACAGGUCUGAUUUUGUGCAGGUCUUAUCUGGUUCAGGUCUGAUCUGGUGCAGGACUGAUCUAGGUGCAGGUCUGAUCUGGUUCAGGUCUGAUCUGGUUCAGGUCUGAUCUGGAUCGGCUCGUCUCCAGGUUUGUUUUCUUUCCUCUGUUACAUCACUGCUCAGAGUGAUUGUGAUUGGCUGAAGUUCUUCUUGGUGCAGCGCUCUGAUUGGUCAGAUUUUUCCUCCACAUUAACGUUUGCAUGUAGACUAUGACCUGCAGCUGGUCGGCCAUGUUUGUAGUUUUUUGGCGGUGUUGUGGAGGUCGAAGGGGAAACUGCACUACUUAUUUAUGAAUUUGGAACAAUGUUGUAAUAUAUAAAUAUAAAUAUUUAAAUGUGACUCACGAGUAAAAAACAAAAACCAGAGGGUCGAGCUGCCCUCGUUACCGUAGCAACACCGCCGCCACCUUCAUUGUUUAGCGUCGUCAUCAUCAAGCAGACAGGAAGCGACUCCAGCAGACGUCCAGUUUUUCAAAGUUAAAGCCUCCAGACGAGCUUAUUAAAAAGACAAAACAAUCCUGUGAAGUAAAAUCUGAAAUUCAGAAAAACAAAAGAAUUGAAAUGCAAAACGACGUCUGUCUGAGAAAAAUAAUAAUUGAUUUAAAAAAACAAACACAAAGCAGCUGUGUCCUCAAACGUACUUCUGAAGAAAUCUGGAAUCUAACGUUGUUUUUAAUGACCAAUUAACAGACAUUGAAUUAUUUAAAGACUCUAACGGACGUCCUGGACCAACCGUGGACCUCCCCAGCUUCACCUCCUGUUCCUCGCGAGCCGUCUGACGGCGGUGGACACUUUGACUUUGUGAAUAACAUUUUACUGUGUGAUUGGAUUUGACUUAAUUUAAUGGUGACUAUUGUGUGUGUAGGAGGCAGACCGUCACUACGAAGCUCCCGUAGCAAAUACAAAGAAGUUCCUCCUCCUCCUCCUCGUCCUGCCCUUCAUCCUUCUCCUCCUCUUCCUCCUCAUCCUCCUCCUCCUCCUGCCCUUCAUCCUCCUGCUAGUCUUCCUGCCCUUCAUUCUUCUCCUCCUCUCCUCUCCUCUCCUCUCUUCUUCUUCCUCCUCCUCCUCAUCCUGCUGCUGCUCCUCCUCCUCCUCCUCCUCUCCUCUUCAUCCUAUUCCUGCUCCUGCUCCUGCUCCUCCUCCUCCUGCCCUUCAUCCUUUUCCUCCUCCUCCUCUCCUCCUCCUCUCCUCUCCUCUUCAUCCUAUUCCUAUUCCUGCUCCUGCUCCUGCUCCUCCUCCUGCACUUCAUCCUCCUGGUUUCUGUUGUUUCAGUUUCGGGCCUUAAAGCUGCCGUUCUCCUCUUUUCCUCCCAGCUGUUUGCAUCUGGAUCCACGUUGUGUUUGUUUCUCUUCGGUUGGUGGUUUUCAGCUUCAGCUGCAGAUAGAAGGUCGUUCAUCGUUGUAUCGUGUUUGCCAAUAGAAUAAAAACCCAGUUGACAUGUUUUGUCUUGCGUUUUGUAAUAAACCUUUAAAAGAA